AUAUAACUAAUGGUGGGCCACACAGAACUUGGGCGCUGCGUAAAAGACGAUUCGGGUCCAUCUCUCUUCAUGCAGGAAUCGCGCAAAAACACAAACGAAGGCAUCGGAGCAAUAAUAAUCAUUUCCGAAACCAUCUAUCUCUUAGAAAAGGAAAGAGAAAAGAAGAAGAAAAGUGACCUUGAAACGGCAAUGGAGACAAUGAAGCCGCUGGAAGUCUGCGUGAAGGCCGCUGUAUGCGAUCCUAAUGCCCUUGGCAACUGUCCGUGCAGCCAAACGGUUCUGAUGAUGCUCGAAGAAAAGUACGUUCCGUACAAUAAGAAGCUGAUCGACGUCAAUCACAUGCCCCAAUGGUUUCGAGAGAUAAGCCCAGAAGGGAAGGUUCCUGCAUUGAAAAUCGACAAUAAGUGGAUCUUCGAUUCAGAUGUCAUUACAGAUAUGCUUGAUGACAGAUACCCAAUUCCUCCGUUGGCUUCUCCACCUGAGUUUUCGUCUCUGGGAUCAAAAAUAAUGCCAUUGUUGGCCAGGUUCUUGAAAAGCACGGAUCAGAGUGAUGGUUCAGAAAAGGCAUUGGUGGACGAAUUGCAGGUGUUGGAUGAACAUCUCAAAGUUCAUGGCCCAUACGUUGAUGGAGAUGAUGUUACUUCCAUUGAUCUGUUCCUGGCACCAAAACUGUACCAUAUGGAGACUGUCCUUUCACAUUUCAAGAAUUGGACUAUCCCAAAGUCUCUAAAAUAUGUUGAAAAUUAUUGCGAGAUGCUUUUCUCUCGGUUGACAUUUAUAAAGACCCAUGCUUCCCCAGACUGUGUGAUUUCUGGAUGGGAGGCCAAACUGCAAUAAGGAGCUAGCUUGACUUAUUUUUUCUUUCUCAUUUUCCUCUCUGGAGUUCAUUAGGGCCUGUUUGGAACCUGGGAUUAGGUGGGGUUAGAUGGUAUGAAAUUGCAUUUUGUUCAAGGUAAAUUUCAUCUGAUGUUUGAAAAAGAUGGGAAGGAUUGGGUUAAUACAGGUAUCAUAUCAUCCAGUCCUAACAAGAGAUGCCGUGGGAUUUUCAAUGGAUUUCAAAAUCUACU